AUGAGUAUAAUAACAUUCCAAACAUAUAAUGAUCUUGUUACCCCUGGAUCUACUUGUGUUGUCUUUGGGCUGGGAGGAGUUGGCCUCUCAGUUAUUAUAGGAUGUAAAGUCUCUGGUGCUUCCCGGAUCAUUGGAGUUGACAUCAACCCACACAAAUUUGAGAAGGCCAAGGCUGUAGGAGCCACUGAAUGCAUCAACCCUAAGGACUACACAAAGCCCAUCAAUGAAGUGCUGAAGGAAAUGACUGGCGAUUCUGUGGGGUACACCUUUGAGGUUACUGGAAACCUUGAUACAAUGAUUGAUGCCCUGGCUUCCUGCCAUAAGAACUGUGGAAUGAGUGUGGUAGUAGGCGAUCCUCCAGCAUCUUCAACGCUCACCUUUGAUCCCAUGUUGGUGUUCAAUGGACGCACCUGGAAAGGAUGUAUUUUUGGUGGUUGGAAAACCGUAAAUGAUCUCCCAAAUCUAGUGUCUGACUUCAUGGCAAAGAAAUUUAACUUAGACGAAUUAAUUACCCAUAUUUUACCUUUUGAUAAAAUUGAAGAAGGAUUCAAUCUGCUUAAAAGAGGAGAAAGUAUUCGAACAGUCCUGACUUUUUCAGCACUGAAGUGAUAAAAGUUACUUCUGGAUCCUUCAACAAUUUCUUUCUCUUAUAUUUCACUUUCAUGUAAUAACCACAAAGUAUGUAUGGCUCUUUCAUGUGGAUAAAAUAUGACAGAAAAAAAGUAUGUUGGA